GCGUGCGGCCGGGUGCGCGGCGCGGACUCAGAGCUGACAUGCUGCGCGGCCCGGCAGGCUGUACAAGCGGUGGCUGUGGCGACCCGAGCAGCAGGCGCCAGAGCAGCACGAGCGGCCAAGUAGUUGGUGGGGGCCGCGGGGCGAGCGGCGUCCCAGCCUCGGCGUCCCGGAGGCGGCGGAGGUGCCCGGAGCCAUGGUGAUCAUGUCGGAGUUCAGCGCGGCCCCAGCGGGCGUGAGCCAGGGUCAGCAGAAGCCCCUCCGGGUGGGCUUUUACGACAUCGAGCGGACCCUGGGCAAAGGCAAUUUCGCCGUGGUGAAGCUGGCCAGGCAUCGAGUCACCAAAACCCAGGUAGCAAUAAAAAUAAUCGAUAAAACACGCCUAGAUCCGAGCAAUUUGGAGAAGAUAUACCGAGAGGUUCAGAUCAUGAAGCUUCUGAAUCAUCCCCAUAUCAUAAAGCUUUAUCAGGUUAUGGAAACGAAGGACAUGCUUUACAUUGUCACUGAGUUUGCGAAAAAUGGAGAAAUGUUUGAUUACUUGACCUCCAACGGGCACCUGAGCGAGCAUGAAGCCCGGAAGAAGUUCUGGCAGAUUCUGUCGGCCGUGGAGUACUGCCACAGCCGUCACAUCGUGCACCGGGACCUCAAGACCGAGAACCUGCUGCUGGACGGGAACAUGGACAUCAAGCUGGCCGACUUCGGAUUUGGGAAUUUCUACAAGUCGGGAGAGCCGCUGUCCACGUGGUGUGGGAGCCCCCCGUACGCUGCCCCGGAAGUCUUUGAGGGGAAGGAGUACGAAGGUCCCCAGCUGGACGUCUGGAGCCUUGGUGUCGUGCUGUACGUCCUCGUCUGUGGCUCUCUGCCCUUCGACGGGCCCAGCCUGCCCGCGCUGCGGCAGCGGGUGCUCGAGGGCCGGUUCCGCAUCCCCUUCUUCAUGUCUCGAGACUGCGAGACGCUGAUCCGCCGCAUGCUGGUGGUGGACCCCGCCAAGCGCAUCAGCAUCGCCCAGAUCCGGCAGCACAGGUGGAUGCAGGCCGACCCCACGCUGCCCCGCGCGAGCCCCGCCAGCGCCGCGCUCAGCUACAACUCCAACCUGGGCGACUACGACGAGCAGGUGCUGGGCAUCAUGCAGACCCUCGGCGUGGACCGGCAGAGGACCGUGGAGUCACUGCAGAACAGCAGCUACAACCACUUCGCGGCCAUUUAUUACCUCCUCCUGGAGCGGCUGAAGGAGUACCGCAGCAGCCCGCCCCUGGCCCGGCCCUGCCCGGCCCGGCAGCCGAGGCCCAGGAGUUCCGAUCACAGCGGUUUGGAGGUGCCUCAGGAAGUCCUCCCCAGUGACGCGUUCCGGUCCUCCCUGCUGUGCCCGCAGCCCCAGGCCUUGGGGCCGUCUGUCCUGCAGGCCGAAAUGGACUGUGACCUCCACGGCUCGCUCCAGCCCUUGCUCUUCCCUGCGGACGCCACCUGCAACAGCGUGUUCCGGCAGCGCUCUGUGUCUCCCGGCAGCCCACUGGGCAUGGCCGUCGGCGAGGAGGUCCGGCAGGGCCAGGGCUUGAAGGAGGAGCCGGAGGCGCAGAGGCCCCUGCCUGGCAGCACAGGCCGCAGGCACACGCUGGCCGAGGUGUCCACCCUCUCCCCAUGCGCCCCUCCAUGCAUCGUCGUCUCCUCCUCCGCGGCGAGCCCUGCAGAAGGCACCAGCUCCGACAGCUGCCUGACCUUCUCGGUGGGGGACAGCCCGGCGGGACUCAGUGGACGCCUGGCUGCCCACGGGCUGGUGGGCACCUGCUCCCCACUCAAACUGGCCUCACCGCUGCUGGGCACCCAGUCUGCCACCCCGGUGCUGCAGGCCCAGGGGGCCCUGGGCGGCGUUGCCCUGCUCCCGGUCAGCUUCCAGGAGGGCCGGAGGGCUUCGGACACCUCGCUCACUCAAGGCCUGAAAGCCUUCCGGCAGCAGCUGAGGAAGAACGCGAGGACCAAAGGGUUCCUGGGCCUGAACAAGAUCAAGGGGCUGGCUCGCCAGGUGUGCCAGCCCUCCUCGAGCCGGGCCACGCGGGGCGGCCUGAGCGCCUUCCCGCUGCCCACACAGAGCCCGGGCCUGCACGGCAGCGGGGCCGGCGGCCGGGAGGGCAGAAGCCUGCUGGAGGAAGUGCUGCACCAGCAAAGGUUGCUGCAGUUACAGCACCACCCAGCAGCCCUGCCCAGCUGCCAGCAGGCGCCCCACCUGCCCCUGGCCCCCCUGGUCCUGGCCCCCUGUGACAGCGCCCUCCUUGUGUCGGGACUCCAGAAGGAGCUGGGGCUGGGGCCCGGCCCGCUGCUGCCGCCCCACCUCCUCCAGGCCGGGGUGUCCCCGGUGGCCUCCACAGCCCAGCUCCUGGACACCCACCUGCACAUCAGCGCCGCCACAGCGCCCCUGCCUGCCGCCGCGCCCCUGCAGCCGCACUUCGCCGUGCUGCCCCCGGGUUUCGACCCCGUGGGGCUGCCACGCGGGGACUGUGAGAUGGAGGACCUGACCUCGGGCCAGCGGGGCACGUUCGUCCUGGUGCAGUGAGGGCGCCGCCCCCACCCUCCUCCCACACGGGCUGCGACUCCUCGAAGCAAUAACCUCAGUAUGUGAAGGCGAUUCUGGACUCCAAGCCAAUGACUUCUUAGAAGCGAAACAAGCAAUACGUUUGGUGUUUUGGCUUUUUAGUUUAUUUUUUUGUUUUAUUUUCUCCUUGCACUGAGCAACUGCUGCCAUGAGUAGGGACUGGAAAGUUUCUGAAGAAAAAUAAUAAUUGAGGGUGUGUCGUGGGGGCGGGUGGACCUGAGGGAAGGAGGGAAGUGAGGUGGGACAGAGGGCAGGGCCGGCUCUGCUCGCCGGGCCGGCCCGGCGGCUGGAGGGGCCGGCGGCUCCCUCGUCCGCGGGCGCUGUGGGGCACGGAGGCCAUGGCCUUGCACGGAGCCGUGGUGUGAGCCGUGUGCCUCGGGAGUGAGUGUGGCAUCUCCACCGCGUGUGCGUGCGUGCCGUGUUCAGUGGCAUCCUUCUUUUAAAGUAACAGUUCUCCACUUCCUGACACAUUUACGCUUCAGACGAAAGCUGUGAACUUUGUGCUUUAUGUAUCAGUUUUCAAAAAGCUCUAAGGGCCGGCCCAGGAGAAGAUAAUCCACGAAAUCUUGGAAUUCUCUCCCCUGAAGUCAGUAAACAGAGGAUCACUUUUUCUUUUUUUAACUGAGGAGUUUUGUAAACUGCUCAAGGGUCAGUUCCGGGACUCUUACUCCGAGCUGCAAGGGGGAGCCUCGCAGGGGCGGGCCGGCUGCGGGGCGGGCUCUGGCUCGGCACCGGGCCCGGGGGCCUGCCAGGGAAGUUACCUCCUGCCGCACAUCUUUCCGCUGCUAAUUACGUUUUAUGCAUUUCAUUAUCAGGGUCCAAAACGAACAACUGACGGGGUGGGGCGUGCAAUACGACGAGGCCAGGCCGGGCAUGGGUCCCUGCCGGUGGAGGGCCCGCCUUCCCCAGGCCCGCGCCUGCUAGGCUUUUGCUCAAGAAGGUGGAAUGAGAGGUCGGGUCAGUGUUGUUCAGCUUUGUUCCUUUGUAAGCAGAUACUGUACAUGUGUAUAAAUAAGACAGAUAGACACUACUUAUUUUUUAUAUUUUUUACUACACCGUUGUGUUCCUGGUUUAAGUUCCCCUCUGGCAACGUUACAAAGUGCUACACCAGGCCCGUGUGGAGGAGGGAGGCGCAGUUGCCCGCACCUGGCAGGCGGCCUCAGGUGGCGGCUCGGCGGGCCAGCCAGCGGCCCCUGCAGUGGAGGGAGGGUGGCUGCCGCGUGCUCCCUCCGCCCGGCCCACCCCGUCCUGCACCCCAGGUGCCUUCAGCUCCCUUGGCUCUCACACCCUCAGUGUCAAACAGGUGGUGACGGCAGGGGAGGGGGGCACCUGUAAAAGCCAAAGAUCCCUGGCGUUCCUGGAGGGUGGGGUGGCGGCCGCCCAGCCGGCCACCCUGCAUCUGCGUCUGCCUGGCUCGCUGCUGCUGUCCCUCCCGCCGCUGCUCCUGCUGCUCCCGAGGGAGGCCUGGCCUUGCCCUGGGCUGCCAGGAAUCUCCGAAGCCGCCUGCUGACGUGUCAGAGAGGCUGGGGACUGGGAGGGGACCUGGCGGCGUGGCGCCGCUGCGGCCCUCGCCCCCGCACGGAGGUAGCACGGGGGUCCCAGCACAGAACCCGUCCCCCUUGUGAAGUUCCUGUCUGUCGUCACGCCAGAGAUCAAAGGCCUCCGAACCACAACAAGCACUUUACUUUCACGUGGUGGUUUUCUCUCCUCUCGUUGCUGUCAGUCAGGCUGUGUGUCUUGUUUCUCCGUGUGUGUGACGUGUGUGUUACGUGCGUGUUGCAGGUUCCUCAGCCUCGUCGUUCUCGCAUGAAUGCGGCGGCCUGGUGGAAGGCACUAAGCGAUCUGAUUAAAAUGUAUACAGUUUGUUUUUUUUUUACCACAACUGAAUUAUUUUGUUUCUUAUGUUAGCAAUGACAAAUGUAUGCCAAAUGAUUAGUGGAUGUAUGUUUUUUAAUUUAAUAUUUAAAUAAAAUAUUUGGGGAA